AUAUAUCCCCAGGAGAGGAAUUGCAGUAUCAUAGGGUAGGUCCAUUUCUAGCCUUCUGAGAGUUCUCCAGACUGUUCUCCACAGAGGCUGGACCAAUUUACAUUCCCACUAGCAGUGCAGAGAGUUUCCUUUGACCCUACAUCCUCUCCAGCAUUUGCUGCUGUUACCUUUUCUACACUUGAUCUUAGCCAAAAGGCUGAGAAGCAAUGCUUUUACCUUUUCUGAUGAUGACUUUUUUCUUUCUUGUUUUUUAAACCUUUCAAAGUACUGUUCAGCUCUGGGUAAUGGUGGUGUUGGGGGUUGAACCUGAGACUUUGGAGCCUAAGGCAAGAGAGUCUCUGUAACCAUUAUGCUAUCUCCCCUGCUUACAGAAUGUUUUUUUUGUUCCUUCAGGGUUAUUGCUGGGGCUUGGUGUGGGCACUGUGAAACCACUAUUCCUUGAGGUUUUUUUUUUUUUUUUUUUCUUUAAUAGGAUAGAACAGAGAGAAAUUGAGAGGGGAGGGGAAAAUAAAGGGAGAGAAAAACACCUGCAGACCUGCUUUACCACUUGUGAAGUGACCCCCUUGUAGGUGGGGAGCCAGGGGCUCAAACCAGGAUCCUUGAGUCGGUCCUUGGACUUUGUACUAUGUGUGCUUAACUCAGUGUUUGGCCCUUUAAAGAAUGAUUCUUAACCUAGAGUUACUGUAAAACUAGAGUUUGGUGUGCUUCCAAUAUUAUGCUAAAUGUUGAGGAGCAGAAGGAGAAACCAGGUGAUGGGAAUGGUUGGGGUGUUCUAACCUACAUCCUAGAAUGCACAAGGGCACUUUAGCCAUCUCAUAGAGAGUAGGAUGAGUUUUGCAAAUAAAAAUAGAAUGUGUAGUUACAUUUAAAAUUUAGAUAAUAAAUAAAAAAAUUAAGAGUAUGUUUGUGUGUGUAGUGUGUGUUUAUUUUCCAGAAAAAACAAAUUUUGCUGUGCAAAAAGAACCACAUCACUAAAUUCUCUUAAGCUCUCUAAUAAUACUUGUGUUCAGUCAUUGCUGACUAUAGACCAAAGAGGUUUGUUAACAGGUAUACACAUAACAUACACAUAAUUUUGAGAACAUUAGUUCUCAAAAUUCAUAUGUAUCAGAAACACCUCAGAGACUGGUUACACACAGAUUGUUGGGUUCUACCUUCAUAGUUUUAGCAUCCAGAUGGUCUGGGGUGGUCAUGGUAAUUUCUCCUUUAAGAAACUCCUAGGUGAUGAUGUUGGUACAGGAUUGCACUUUGAGAAACAGAGAAACACUGUUGUAGGGAAACUUUUAUGUAUGAUAUUGUGAACCACGUUGAAACUGGAAUAUACCAGUUUUACAACCAGUUCUUCAGAAUAUUUUUUGGUUAAAAUAAUUUAUUAUCAGUUUGGAAAUUAAAGUAAUGGUAUUACUUUUGACUUUUCUAAAAUGUUUUUUAGCCCAGGGAACAACUUCCUUUUUUAUAGAAUGCCUUCAUAGAUCCUUAAGAGGUGUUUUUUUUUUUUUUGGCCAUAUUACUCUUCCCUUAGGAAAUUUCUAUGCAGAAGAAUAUGCAGGAGAAGCUACUUUUUGGUUCAGAUUUUCAUGCUUGAAAGGUUGGAGGCUCUCCUUUUAUUUCACAUUCAUUUUCCCAUUAAUAACAUUAAUGAUGCAUCCUAGGCUGGAAUUCACUUGAACCUUCUGAGUGGACAGCAGCAAAGAAUCAGCUGAAGCAGCUUGCGAUAUAUUAUCACAACUUGUGAAUUGUUCUUUAAAAACACUUGGACUUAUUUCAACUGCUCGACCAAGCUUUAUGGAUUUACCAAAGUCUCAUUUUAUUUCUGCACUGACGGUUGUGUUUGUAAACUCCAAAUCCUUGUCCUCGCUUAAGAUAGAUGAUACCCCAGUAGACGAUCCAUCCCUCAAAGUCCUAGUGGCCAACAACAGUGACACACUCAAGUUGCUAAAAAUGAGCAGCUGUCCUCAUGUCUCUCCAGCAGGUAUCCUUUGUGUAGCUGACCAGUGUCAUGGCUUACGAGAACUGGCUUUGAACUACCACUUGUUAAGUGAUGAAUUGCUUCUUGCUUUAUCUUCUGAAAAACAUGUUCGAUUAGAACAUUUACGCAUUGAUGUAGUCAGUGAGAAUCCUGGGCAAACACACUUUCAUACUAUUCAGAAGAGCAGCUGGGAUGCUUUCAUCAAACAUUCACCUAAAGUGAACUUAGUAAUGUAUUUUUUUUUAUAUGAAGAGGAGUUUGAUCCAUUCUUUCGGUAUGAAAUACCUGCCACACAUCUUUACUUUGGGAGAUCAGUAAGCAAAGAUGUCCUUGGUCGUGUGGGAAUGACAUGUCCUAGACUGGUUGAACUAGUAGUGUGUGCUAAUGGAUUACGGCCUCUUGAUGAAGAGUUGAUUCGCAUUGCAGAACGCUGCAAAAAUUUGUCUGCUAUUGGACUAGGAGAAUGUGAAGUCUCAUGUAGUGCCUUUGUUGAGUUUGUGAAGAUGUGUGGUGGCAGGCUGUCUCAGUUAUCCAUUAUGGAAGAAGUAUUAAUUCCUGACCAAAAGUAUAGUUUGGAGCAGAUUCACUGGGAAGUAUCUAAACAUCUUGGUAGGGUGUGGUUUCCAGACAUGAUGCCUACUUGGUAAAACCUGCAUGAUGAUUAUCACUUUAACUCUAAUCUUAUUAUAAUAAAACUUUAAUUUCCUGUAGUGUGGAUGUAAUUCUACUAUUUCGUGGCAUGGAAAUUUUAUAUCUGCAUUGAAUAUUUAAGGGUUGUCUAUUGGAAAGCUUGUGGAAUAUUUUUGACCAGAGAACUAGUAUGUUUCUUUAACCCAAUAGCAAUUAAAUCUCAGAAAAUUAAAGAUGUGGCUUAGACAUUAAAUAACCAGUUAUAAACAUUAAACAUUUAGCCUGAAGGAAACAAAACCUACAUAUUAUCUAAGAAGCAUUAAUAGGUUUUGCAAAAUGAUCUCUAUGCAUUUUUUUUAAAUGUAAACUUGACAUUUUAGGGUCUUUAGUUAUACAUACACCUGUUAUAAGGUGUUUAAUAUAGCUCAGGAAAGUGAGCAAUUUUAUUUUGAGAAAAAUGUAGGCUUUAUUGUAUCUAAUGAAAAAUAUUAAACAUUUUUAAAUGUCACAGAUUAAAGAGAUAGAAAUAACUGGAACACUUAGAAAAUUAAUGUCACACAGUAGUUAGCAUAGAAUAAUAGAGUCAGCAUCAAAUUUAAAGGGGAAAAAUAAUAGAAGGCAAGGAGUGUUGACCUUUAUGUGUCUUCUAGGUUUGCUCUGUAAUCUGCUAAACCAUGUAAAUUCUUUUCUGUGAUAAGCUGUUAUGUAUAUGGCACUUGAAAUAUGUCAAGUAAGGGAUGCUUUACCAUUUCUCAGUUUUGUUUUUCUUUGAUUAGUUUUGAAGUAUACAAUAAUUAAAAUGAAAUACCUGUUUAGAAAAAAUUGAAAUGACUAAUGGUACAACUUCAAAAUAUUUAUAAGUUGUUUGUAUGAAAGAAUAUUAAUUUCCAAGGAAAUUCAGUGCUGGUUCUUUUUCUCCAUUUUGAAAUUAUAGUUAUGUAACUAGAACUUUUGAGAAAUCAUAAAAGGAGCAUUAAUGUACAGUUCAACAGAACGAGUAAAUUGAAAGACUUUAAAUCUGUAAAAAUGCAUUUUAAGUAAAUACUGCUUGAUGAACAGGAAAAAUGUGAUAAUUUACAGAUAUUUAUGUUUAAGUUGGAUAGUAAUUUUGAUUAUUUUUAUGUGAAUAAAGGCAAUCCCUACAUUGUAGAAUUCAUAAAACUUUUAAGACUGGGGUUACUUUUUUUUUUCUUUUAACAGUAUAUAAACUCCAUUACUGAGUACUAGUACGAGCAGACUACUACCCUAAGGGAAAUUAGAUGUUGUCUGUCACCAAUGGACUAGAAUGCAUAAAAUUAUAAUUUUUUUUUUUUGGCAUCUUUGGAAGCUAAUACUCGAAGAUCUAUACCUUUUAAAAACAUAUUACCUUUCCUAAAAUUAAAAAGGUGUUUUUCUACAAAUUUUGUGGUUUGAAAAAUGGUAAUGGUAUUACAGCCACACAUAAAAUGAAAGUACUCAGGUGUGGAAAUUAAAAAAAAAAACCAACAAUUCCAGUAGUAUAGGGUUAUUGAUAGGACUUGGUACCUAUAUGACAGUUCCACCAUUUCCAGCAGUCUUUAUUUUUGUCUGAUAGAGACAGGAAAAUAGGGAGAGAGAAAGUGGGACACCUGGGGGCUGGUUGGAGGGGCACGAGGUUGCGUGCACAUGUUACCAUAUACAAGGGCUUGGGUUCAAGCCCUUGGUUCUCACCUGCGGGGAAAGCUUUGUGAGUGAAGCAGUGCUGUAGGUGUUGUCUUUCUCCCAAUCUUCCUUAACCCUCUUGAUUUCUUGCUGCCCCUAUUCCAAUAAAGAUAAUUUUAAAAUAUUUUU